UCCCGAACGUGCGCUUUUCUGUUUUCAUGCUUGCUGGUUGAACCUCUUCAGCCUCCGUAGCCAGUGAGUCAAAAGUGCCGGUCAAAAUGGAAGUGAAUCCCCCCAAGCAGGAGCACCUGCUGGCCCUGAAAGUGAUGCGGUUGACUAAACCUACUUUAUUCACCAAUAUUCCGGUAACAUGUGAAGAGAAAGACUUACCUGGAGAUCUCUUUAACCAGCUUAUGAGAGAUGAUCCUUCAACUGUAAAUGGUGCAGAAAUUUUAAUGUUGGGAGAAAUGUUGACAUUACCACAGAAUUUUGGGAAUAUAUUUUUGGGAGAGACCUUUUCCAGUUAUAUCAGCGUUCAUAAUGAUAGCAAUCAAGUCGUAAAAGAUAUAUUGGUAAAAGCUGAUCUUCAGACAAGUUCUCAGCGUUUAAAUCUUUCAGCCUCCAGUUCUGCAGUGGCUGAACUAAAACCUGAUUGUUGUAUUGAUGAUGUCAUACACCAUGAAGUAAAGGAGAUUGGAACACACAUCUUGGUGUGUGCAGUGAGUUAUACAACUCAGGGUGGAGAAAAAAUGUAUUUUAGAAAAUUCUUCAAAUUUCAGGUUCUCAAACCUUUGGACGUGAAAACCAAAUUUUACAAUGCAGAGAGUGACCUCAGUUCUGUGACUGAUGAAGUAUUUCUCGAAGCCCAGAUUCAGAAUAUUACAACCUCACCCAUGUUUAUGGAGAAAGUUUCACUGGAACCAUCUAUAAUGUACAAUGUAGCAGAAUUAAAUUCAGUCAACCUAGCUGGAGAAUGUGUAACUACAUUUGGGUCAAGAGCGUAUUUGCAGCCAAUGGAUACACGCCAAUACUUGUACUGCCUAAAACCCAAGAAGGAGUUUGCAGAAAAAGCAGGCAUCAUUAAGGGAGUAACAGUAAUUGGAAAAUUGGAUAUAGUAUGGAAAACAAAUCUAGGUGAAAGAGGAAGACUGCAGACCAGCCAACUUCAAAGAAUGGCUCCAGGUUAUGGAGAUGUUAGGUUGUCUUUGGAGGCAAUUCCAGAUACUGUAAACCUAGAAGAACCUUUUCAUAUUACUUGUAAAAUAACAAACUGCAGCAGUGAAAGGACUAUGGAUCUGGUUUUGGAGAUGUGCAAUACCAAUUCCAUCCACUGGUGUGGCAUUUCAGGAAGACAGCUUGGAAAACUACAUCCCAGUUCCUCCCUCUGCCUUGCACUUACACUACUGUCUUCAGUACAGGGACUGCAAAGCGUCUCCGGCUUAAGACUCACAGACACGUUCUUAAAGAGAACAUAUGAAUACGACGACAUCGCACAAGUCUGUGUGGUAUCUUCAGCCAUUAAAGUGGAAAGCUGAAGAAAAUUUCUAUUGUUGUGCUUUUCACUGAGUUUCCAGGAACUUUGUGUACUUCUGUCACCUUUGUAAAAUGAUCAAGUCAACAGCAAAAAUAAGUAUGUAUUAUUUAAAUUUCUUUCCUGUAAAGCAGUUAAAUAUUAAAUGUUUGUUUUGAAAAGAACCAUCUGCUGAUUUUAUCUUGUGAGUUAUAUUCUAAAUGAACAUUUGUACAUUUUCUACACAUAUGCUAUUUUGUUUCGUUUUAAAUGACCAUUGGACUUUAUUCCCCAAGAGGUCUAUAUUUGAGACCACUUGUCCCUAGCAGGUAUCUGGAACAGGGGUCAGCAAAAUUUUCAUGUGAAGGGCCAGGUAGUAAAUACUUAGGUCUCUGCAGGCUGUGUGGUUUCUGUUGAAAAUACUCAACCCUGCUGCUGUUGGGCAAAAGCAGCCAGCAGACAGACCGAGCGCAGCUGUCCGUUCACAGCAGGCAGCCGCCAGUCCGGCCUGCAGGCCGUAGUGUACCGGCCUCGAUCUAGAAGAUAACCGUCGUGUCUUAAAACUUCAGAAUUCUUUUCAUACUUUAUUUAGAAAUAAUUCAGUUAACCCCAGUUUUUUUUUUUUUCCCCUAGCUGGUCAGUAACAAAAACGUUUAAAACAACUUGGGUAGUCCUUAUGUAACCUUGUAUUUGCUAACAGUAUGAGUUUUUCUAGUUGUUUUCAAAAUUAUUGUAUUGGUGUUUAUCUUUGUUUGUGUCUACAUACAAACACGCCUGUCUAAGUUUCAGUUACAGUAGAUCAUAAUUGGUUUUAUUUCUUAAGUUGUUGAUUACUCUGUUAAUUCUGAACUAAGAAGCCUGAUAAUUUUCCAAGUUAAAAAGUCCUAGAUUUUUUCCCUUUGAAAAAUAAGCCACUUAUUUUCAUAAGGCAUAUUUACAGGAUUUCCAGCUUCUGAUACUUAAUUUUGAACUGUAAAUCAUGUAUUGAUAUUAUAAAACUUUGUAUUUCUGCAUGUAAUCAUACUAAUUGACUUACACCAUAAACAAAACUGAGAAUGUUAAGAAUGUACACAACUUUGCAACAUGAGUGUAAUAAAAGUUUCAAUAUUUUGAAAACAGAAACUAAUGCUGUUAAAUAAAGACUUAUUUUGGUAAGUUGAA